UUUCGGCUUCGGUUCCUUUAAUAAUUCACAACCUUCCACAACGCAGUCUCAAGAUCCCGCUAGUACUAAACCACUAUGGUCUAUUAGUUCGUCUGGGACCUCAGAUCCGUUUAAAACGGCUACUACGGGAGGCGGAUUUUUUGGAAACCCUCCUCCUACAACUACAGCAACUUUUGGAUUUGGUCAAACGAGACCUACAAAUGUUUCUUUUAAUGCCACUUCACAGUCUCAAACAUUUGGUUUUCCUCAGUCAACGACCCAGCAACAAACGACUGCUGUCCCUACCGGGUUUACUUUUGGUCAAGCAGCGGCCCAACAACCAACAACCGCCGCUUCUAGCGGGUUUACUUUAGGUCAGUCUGCGUCUCAGCAACCAACAACAACUACUCCCACCGGAUUUACUUUAGGUCAGUCUGCGUCCCAGCAACCAACAACAACUGCCUCUACCGGGUUUACUUUAGGUUCUAGUAAAACGGAAACUUCGUCCAAUUUUGGCUUAUUUGGGGCUAACACUACUGGAUCAAGUCUCUUUCCAAAAAUGGGUACUUCAUUGACUUCAUCUACCAAGCCGGGAUUGUUUUCGUCAUCUGUUUCAACCCCUACUGUUCCUACUGUUCCUUCCAGUGGAUUAUUUAGUCAAAAACCGGGUGCUUCAUUAACUUCAUCCACCAAGCCGGGAUUGUUUUCGUCAACUGUUUCAGCCCCUACUGUUCCUACUGGUGGAUUAUUUAAUCAAAAACCGGGUGCUUCAUUAACUUCAUCCACCAAGCCGGGAUUGUUUCCGUCAUCUGGUUCAACCCCUACUGUUCCUACUGGUGGAUUAUUUAAUAAGGAUACAACUGCAACUACAACUUCUUCGUUACUUCCUUCUACAGCCUCAAUAUCAAGGACUUUACCUACUUUUACAAAACCAUCAAUACAGCAACCUGUUCCACCUAAGACAACCAGUGCUACGCAAGUCAAAACAACUGUGCCAAUACUUUCGGCAACAUUAUCAACACCUGCGAUUUCUGCCGCACCUAUUGUGAAACCAGUUUUGUCGUCAACUACAGUACCAACGACCACAACUAGUGCAUCUGAUCAAAUACCAUCAUGGUUGAAAAAUAAUAAUAUUGAAGGUAUAAUUAAAAAAUGGACAACAGACUUGGAUAAUUGCACUAAAAGGUUUCACAAUCAGGUUAGAGAAGUUAAUCAAUGGGAUCAAAAAAUUAUUGAAAAUAAUGGCAGG